AUGAAAAAACUCCACGCCCCAAAUCAUAAGUUUUACGAACAGUACUAUGUAGAUCAAGCCAAGCAAAAAGGUGGAAAUUUACCCGCAUUUCACGGAGCUCGAUUUCAGCGAGGUUAUGGCUUAGGAUCCAUAUUUAAAGGUCUGUUCCGCUGGGCGAUACCUCACCUGCAACAAGGUGCUAAGGUGAUUGGAAAAAAGGCUUUACAAACAGGAGUCAAUGUUGCCCAAGAUGUUCUUGAUGGAGAUAACAUUAAAACAGCAGUCCACAAGCGCACGAAACAAGCCCUCGGUCUACCCUCCCAGAAUUCAUUGCAGGGACAAUCAGGAGCUGGCAAAAAAUCUAUGAAAAGGAAAGCGCAAGGAACCAAAAUCAGAAAGUAAAAACAUCUCCGCAGCAAAAGAAGCCCAAAGAGAAAUAUUCUUUCUGGAAGUAACUAUGGCCUUUGUACAUCACGAGUCACGCGAGUGUACUAAAUCAGAGCUCGAUCUUUUUACUAUUCCUGCGACACAAACCUCUAUUCACAAAGGGCAAUGGAUUGAAUAUCACCCUCUCAGCAACAUCACAGACACUGGUCCUAUUGAAUUUAACGUAUCUGGAACCGGAGAAGAAUAUUUAGAUUUAGCGCGAACACAACGUUAUGUGAAAGCUAAGAUCACGAAAGUAAACGGAACCGCGUUAGAUGCCGAUACACAAGUGGGUCCCGUAAACCUGUUUUUACAUUCCCUUUUUUCGCUAGUGGACGUUUCCUUGAACGAGCGAUUGAUCUCUCCAUCCACCAAUACCUACCCUUAUCGCGCCAUGAUCGAAACCUUGCUAAACUACGGAGAAGAAGCAAAAACAAGUCAACUUUCUAUGGCCAUGUUUUACAAAGAUACUGCUGGAAAGAUGAAUGUAGUGAACCCCUUGGCUGCAGACGAUGAAGCAAACCUUGGAUUAAAGGCUCGCUAUGAGUUUACCAAAGAGAGUCAUAUGGUGGAUAUGAUGGGACCCAUUCACAGUGAUAUAUUCUUUCAAGACCGAUUGAUGCUCAAUGGAGUUAAUUUAAGAAUCAAACUGAACCGAGCCAAGAAUGUGUUUUGUCUUGUGUCCUCAGCAGCCGCAGCUAAUUUCAAAGUGGUUAUCACAGAAGCCAUCUUGUUUGUACGCAGAGUCAAGGUUGCCUCCUCUAUCAUUCUAGGCCAUGCAGCUGGGCUAAAACACUCCAGCGCCAAGUACCCCAUUCGCAGAAUCGACUGUAAAGUACUCUCUAUUCCAAGAGGAUUUAGCAGUUUUAACCCUGACAACAUCUUUUUGGGUCAAAUUCCCAAGCGCAUAGUAUUGGGAUUAGUGGACACAGAGGCUUACAAUGGGAGUUACAGUACCAACCCGUUGAACUUCAAUCACCACAAUUUAACUCAAGUGGGUGUGUGCGUGGACGGAGAACAAAUCCCCCGAAAACCUUUGUUCCUGAAGUUUGACGCCGCUGGUGGUCAAAAUGUGAUAGCCGGCUAUCAAAGUCUUUUCUCUGGUAUUGGAAAGCUUUCCCAGGAUACGGGCAAUCAGAUAAAUAGAAGUGAUUACGGCUCCGGUUAUACCUUAUUCGCAUUUGAUUUGACCCCAGAUCACUGCCCGGGAGAUCAUUUUGAGCUCAUAAAACAAGGAAACCUGCGCUUGGAGCUUCAUUUCUCGGAAGCACUCGCCAACACGGUGAACCUUAUCGUCUACGCUGAAUUUCAAAACGUGAGUGAGGUCGACGCAAAGCGAAACGUUCUCUACGACUACACAAACUAG